UGUCAAACAAAUUGAAUUUUUUGAUGAAGAAUUUAUAACGGUUAAUUUUCAAAUAUGUGGUUUUUAUAUUUCGUGUCUCAAAUAAUGUAUUUAAUAUAAACCCGACGAAUCGAUCAAUAGAGAAGUGUCUCCGUGAUAAGACAUAUUUUUUUAUUAAUUUAGACAGAAUUUUUCCAUUUUUAUAGUUAUACUGAAAUGGAAAAAUUAACAUCUUCACCAAGGAAACGGCUGUUCCCAGGUUCUGUGAAACUUAAAAGCUCCGAGAAGAUGGGUGAAAGGUUAACCAUUGCACCACUCGAUUUGGCAGCUAUAGCAAAGGAAGUAGCUGCUGACUUUGAAGAACCUGUUGAUAGAAGGAAUAAAAUGCGGAAAAUUAAUAAUAAUUCUGGAGGAAGGAAAAUCUUUUUCAGGACUUCUGCAGAAUCGCAAAUAUUUCGACCGAGUACUGGACGAGUAUUGCCAAAAAGGAGUGUCAACUCUCAAAAGGAACACGAUCGACCCGUGGAGUAUCCUCUCUUUAAAACUGAUCCAGAAACAGGAAAAGUAAUACCCUUACCACAGAGAUGGAUGUGCCCCAUUUUGAAAAGCUCCGAGAAGAAGGUUAAGAAGACGUUACCAGUUACACCACUCGAUAUGGCAGCAAUAGCAAAGGAAAGAGCUGCUGACUUGGAAGAACCUGUAGAUAGAAAAAAUAAAGUUCAAAAAGUGAACAAUAAUUCUGUAAGAAGAAAAAUGUUUAAUUUACCUUCUGCAGGAUCCCAAAUAUCUCAAUUUUCUAUAAGUUCUCGACGGACAUUAUCAAGAAGGAGCAUUACAUCCCAAAAGGAACAACAAAAUAAGUUUAAACCUGGUGAAUUAUCUCCUUUGUUGGAUAUGGAAGAAGUGGAAGAGGAACUGAUUAAAAAAAAGGGUUUUUUGCAAGGUUACCCUUUUAAAACACCAGUCAAGCCAGUGAUAAAAUUUAAUGAAAAUGUAAAAAGCUUCCCGUUUAUUGAACAAUCGGUAUUAAAUAAACAAAACAUUCCUAGAAUAGUAGUAACUACAGAUUCACUGUCUCCCAACGAAUCAGAGUUUCUGCAACUAGAAAAAGUAUAUCGUGCAGAUGAUUCAGGAAAAGUAAAUGAGUGCGACAAAUCUCCUAUUUCGUCAGUCUGUAAUUUAUUAGAAGAAACAAUAAUAAAUAGUAGUAGGAAAGAGAAAAAUAAUAAAUUAAAUACUCGUCAAAACAUUAUAAAUGACUUGGAAAAUAUGUUAACUGAAUAUCGCACCACAUUUGAUGAAUAUAAAACUACUCACGAUGCAAACAUUUCUAAAAUAGCAGAAAUAUUAGAGACUGAUAGAACACAAUAUGCAACUAUUGUUGCAUUACAAGAAAAAAAUCAAAAUGCAAUAACUCGCAUACUUGAUGGAUUAAAAUCUGAUUCCUCAGACACGAACAAAGAAAACACUCCUGUACAUAAUCGAAGAUCUAUGAGAUUAUUCAACAAAAGUCCACGACAAACACAGAGUGCCAAAUUUGUUGUUUCACCUGCCGUCUUAAGUAAGGAUUUAAGGAAGUCAACUUUAACUAAAAACUUAGUGACUAAAACUCAGCAGUACAAUAUUGAGAGCCCCAGGAUUAAGAAGGCGCUAGAUAUGUAUAACUCUAUACGUUGCGAAAUUUCAGUUCUAGCAACACCUAAAUUUGAAAGGAACGACUUAAACGAGUCGCCUAGGAGUACAAACUUAACAAGAAAUUUGUCUAGAAGAAUACAAAGCCAGUGUCUUCUGUUGCAAGAUACUCCUAUUCAUAAAUGAUGCAUUAUAGCGCCGUAUUUUAUUUUAGAAUGUAGUUUUACUUUUAUGUAUUUUUAAAAUAUUUAUUAUAACUUUUGUGAAUAUAUU